CAUUGCUGCUACAGACUUGGUCUAUUUGAACUACCAGACGUGAAGUUAGUUACGUAUUAUGACGUUUGUAUAAUUUUAUAAAUAUUUACAUGUAUUUUCGUAAAUAUGGACAAAUCUAAAGCACAAACAUACAUUUUAAGUGUCGAUGAUUUUGGGCAAAAAAUAUGUACAUCACAAUCGGACUCCAGUAAAAGGUAUAUUUUGGAUGCAGAUGGAAAUAUGUUAGAAUAUCAGCCCGAGAAUUCAAUGUGUGUGAGUUUGGAAGGUCAGGGAAAUGAAGAUGAAAGUAACUCAAGUACCAUAAAUGAAAGUCAAGAAAUAACACAUUUCGAGGAUACUUCGCAGUUAGGUAUAAUUAACACAUUUGACAGUGUGGGGGAGUUUGAUCAAAAUCUCAUGAAUGAAUUGGAUACUGAUUUCAUGAACAUGGUCCCUGAUCCUCAGUCACACUAUAUAAUGCAACAUAUGGACAUACGAGAACCACUUACAAAGCUAAGAAAGCUUUUGGAAAAUAAAUUAUGUGUUAAUUUACCGGAUUAUGCUUUUGUUUUGCAAGGAACACAAGCACUUGAAGACCAUAAAAAUCUUGUGGAUCAGUGUGUACAAGGUGAAGGUUUGGUUCAAGUCAAUGUGCAAAUUCAAACAAACUUGAAACGUAUUAAUAUUAUUGAUGUUCUUAAACCUGCUGAAGAUUAUGUACAUGUUGUUAAAGAUGAGAGUGAAAAUGAAGCUGAAGAGGCAACUGAACCAACUGAAACAGCUGAAGAUGAAAGACCCAAGAAUAUUGUUCAAUGGCAAGUUGAUUUAAACUAUAAAAAAGAGAUGGAAAGGCUGAAAAUACCAUCAAACCCUGAGGAAUGGACUGUAUUACACGUACGCCACUGGGUACAGUGGGCGGUCCGACAGUUUAACUUGCCCAAUAUACGCCUCUCUGAUUGGUCGAUGACGGGAAAACAAUUGCAUGAACUUACCAUGCAGGAUUUUCAGGAAAUUGUGCGUAGCGAUCCUGGCGACAUCUUUUGGACGCACCUAGAACUACUAAGACAAAUGAAAGUUGUCGCUACAAGACGGGUGGAACUAGUUAAAAAAUCUCCCAAAUUGAUGAAACAAACCAAAUCUACAAAAGUGAUGCCAAACUAUUAUUACACAGAAGUAAAAUAUUUCGAAAAUAAUACGAAUUCCACGAGUGGAAAUAGGAAUAACAGUAACGGUCAGAUACAGUUGUGGCAAUUUUUGUUGGAACUUUUGACCACUAAUGAAUAUAAAUCCAUUAUACAGUGGAUUGGGGAUGAGGGUGAAUUCAAGUUCACCCAUCCGGCAGUGGUGGCCCAUUUGUGGGGUCAACGAAAAAACAAACCCACAAUGAACUACGAAAAAUUAUCUAGAGCGCUUAGAUAUUACUAUGAUGGCGACAUGAUUUCCAAAGUGCAUGGAAAACGUUUCGUCUACAAAUUUGUUUGCGAUUUAAAGCAACUUUUAGGUUAUAGUGCAGUUGAGUUAGCGAAUUUGGUUAAAUUUAAUGAUCCUAAAAUCGAAACACCCACAUUCAGUUUGAAUGAUGAAACAUAUGAUUAAUUUUUUUGAGUUGUUUUAAUACUGUGAUACGAUUAAUACGAGUUUUAUAUUAAUAAAAAGAAAUGU